GGAAAUCUCAAUUUAAGCAGUCGCUGUGGUUUGACGGUGUUACAGAAGAGUGCGGGGAUUGUUCUGCGGAGCCUCCAGCCCGGAGCGCACGCGUGUCCAGUGGACUCGGAUGGUGUAAAAGCUCCAGAUGAGGGAGUCGGACGUGCGGGAAUGACAGCUGCUGUCACCGGGAGUGACAGCUUCUCCCGAUAAGAGCCUCCAGGUGACUCCGUACACUGAUCCGGAUUGGAUCCAGCCACACCAGGACUAUGCCAGAGAUGGAGAAAGGGAGACCGCCGGAAAAUAAACGCAGCAGGAAACCCGCGCACCCCGUGAAGAGAGAGAUCAACCAGGAGAUGAAGACAUUUGCAGAAAGCACCAUGAACGAGCUCCUGGGGUGGUACGGCUACGACAAGGUCGACCUCCGAGAGUCCGAGGCCAACGAGGUCAGAAACUACCGAGAGCGGCGUCAGCAUGUGUCUGUGCUCAAAGAAAACUCGCUGCCAAAACACAAGAGCCCGGAUGCCAAACUCAGCCCGUCGGUCGUCGCCAUGAAGAGCGCGGAAAGAGAGUCAUCCGGCGUCCCUUCGUUUUCCCCGUCUUCGUCCUCCACCAGUUCCUCUCUGACCGCCCCCAAGGAGCACAAGAGCGCCCCCGUCAUCGUCCCACUGAUAAAACCGUCAGCAGUGGAGGAUGUACAGAAUGUGCAGAUCGUGUGCGUGUGGUGCCAGAAGGAGGGUGUGAAACGCUACUCUCUGUGCAUGGGUACAGAGCUCAAGAGCUUCUGCAGUGAGAAAUGUUUCGCCGCCUGCAGACGGGCCUACUUCAAGCGCAACAAGGCCAGAGAUGAAGAUCUUCAUGGUGAAAGAUCCCCACAGCACCCCCAUGCAGAGGACUCCCCCAGGCUGGUGUUGAAGAUAAACAGCAAUGUUCGAUCUGUCUCCCCUGUGCCACAGGUGUGUGACUGGUGCAAGCACAUCCGCCACACUAAAGAAUACCUGGACUUUGGAUCGGGUGAGGAAAGACUUCAGUUCUGCAGCACCAAAUGUUUAAAUCAGUACAAGAUGGAUGUUUUCUAUAGAGAAGCACGUGCGGCCCUCACCAGUUCCAGCCCCAGCAGAUCCAACCAGGAGGGGAAGGUAGAGAGUAGUGUAGCAGGGCAAAAACUACUCACUCCUGAGUCUUGGAACAGCGGCAGCACAGGUGAAACACGCCACAGAAACCUUUCCCCAAAAAGGUCCACGCCAGUCCACGGAUCAGCAGAAACCACAUCUGUCAUCCCUUCACAGGCAUCUCCGUCUUCUUCUAAGGUUACCGUCUCUGGUUUAAGAAGCCUGGACAGGUCCAUCCAUCCUCCUCCACCUGCACCUCCUAUAGAGGUGCCACCACACCCUGCUCCCCUGCCUCCUCCACCUCCUCAUCCCUCUAUGGACCACCAACCAGUGCCUCAAAUCCACAUGCCCUUUAUCAGACCUCCACUUCAUGCUCAGGGCUUGAAAAGCCCCCUUACGAACACUCCAAGACACCCAGGUACUCCUUCCAGUCCUAUCCACAGGCCUCCACACUCUCCUCACCUGCAGCCCCCCACCUCUUCUUCCAUGAACCCCCCUGGACUGAUGCACCCCUUCCCCGGAGCCUACUUUCCUGGUUUGCAUUCUCCACCUCUGAACAUGAUGCCUAGAGGCCCUGUCCCAAUGCCUCCUAUCAUGAACUUUGGUAUUCCAUCCUUUAGUCCUCUUCUCCCGCAGCCUACUGUCCUUGUGCCGUAUCCUAUCAUUGUUCCCCUACCUGUCCCCAUACCCAUUCCUAUCCCAAUUCCAGUCUCCCCUAAAGCAAAUCUAGAAACUCCAAGUCACAGUGGAGUUAUCCAGCCUGUACCCGAUGGGUUUGACAAACUUAGAUCCAGGUCUGCCAGGCCACCAUCUCCAGGGGUUGUUGAAGGGUGUAGCAGACCAUAUGCCAACAAACUUGGUGGAGCUUUGAUUCACGGCCUCUCCUUAUUGACUGAUCCCAACACAAGGAAUACAGAUUGGGUCAAAUCAGAGAGGCCAUUCCCCUCACCAACAUCGACACCCCACAGUGGUGCACCUUCUCCUCAUGCACAACACGGGUCCCCCAGCCCAGCAGCAAGAUCAGAGGGACUAACUGACUAUAAGCAGCACCAGCAGUCAGAAUGUCACGUAAUUCAAAGGGUUCUUCAAAAGACUCUAGUGAAACUGGAGCCUAGUACCAAUGGAGUGGUUGACUUAUCGGGGUUGGGCGAGUCGGUGAACGGACAAGGUAUCAGAUCUGGACUCCAUGAUAUUAUUAGAUUGAACCCUCCUUUACCACACUCUCCUUCAUAUGACACUAUCUACCAUCAUCACCAAGACUCCAAUACCCUGGCUUCACACACCCCACCUAGCCCAACAGGAAGCAACCAUCCAUUUGAUAACACGUCUCCUGUCUUGAAGUCUCAGGAUCACAGUGCAAAUGGGAUGUCCUUGUCAUCCACUCCUUCCAGUCCAGACUCCUCCCUACCCAAAAGAGCAACAAUACCCCCUGACCCUUUGCUCAAUGAACUGGAGGCUAUUAAAGAGAACAAGUGCUCAGUUCGGGUUGAGGGCUCAGCCAGUCAGUCAGAAGAGCCUUUAGCUGUAGUUGGGGAAGUUGGAGAAGACCCCCAUGUUCCUGAUGAGGACCAUGCCUAUGCCUUGCCCACAGCACCUAAGACAGGAGUCACCAACACCAUGCCAUUACUCUUGCCCAAACUUAGGGACAAGGGUAGCCUGCGGGGCCCAGCUUCUGUACCUGGUGGUGGAGACAUGGAGCCAGCGCUGAAGAGGCGAUGCCUACGAAUCCGCGAUCAGAAUAAGUAGACAACCAGACGACAGUACGACAGUGCCAGAUUCAGUGCCACGCCCUCUUGCGGACAACACCCUCCAGCCUGCUCCUCGUCCCGCCCGAGUGUUGCUCCCUCCGCCUGUGGAUGAGCCCGGUGCCAACUCCAGGAAGCAGUCCAGAACGCAACGCUGGCGCACCGUUUUUGUCUCGGACCAAAGAACAUUGCUGGCUGUGGCGUGCCGCAUUGCAUUUCCGAGAGCAUCUCGGAACGUCUCCCUGUCCGACCUUAAAAUGUGUGCAUGCUUGUGCCCAGAUGCGCUCCUCCACCACCACCUCCUCCUCCUCCUCCUGAUCUCCUUACUCUGAUCAGCCUUGUGUGGUCUUCUCAGAUGGAGCCUGAACCUGAUCUCUUUCCAGGGGAAACGGUUUGUUUUCUCUGCCCGGCGUGCACAAAGAGCCACAUUGUUCCUUUCCCCAUAUCCCACGCUGACUCCCCACUCCAGGUUUUGGGUUACCUGGCCGACGGGAGUUCAGACUUCAGGAGCUUUUUUUUUUUUUGACGGGCAGCCAG